AUGUAAGAAUAAGAAUUUGAUCUUACAAAAAUCAACUAGGGAAAUGUGGAUAGGAUUAUUUAGCAAAUAGAAACCAGUAUUUAAUAGAGAGUCGAAAAGUAUGGUGAAGAUGAUUAAAAAGUAUAUCAUAAAAAUAAAACUUCUCUAGAAAUUGACUUAUGAUAGAAUUCUAUGUAAAUUACUAAAUUAGCAGGCAUUGAUAGCACUUUAGGUCGAAAAUUUUGAGUCUAGUUUAAAAUACCUUAAAAAGGCUGAACUUUUAACAUCUUCUGUUCCAGAGCUUAAAGUAUCAAUUUAUUUAUAAAAAUAGGCUCAAACAUUUAGUAAUUUAGCAUGUUAUUAUCGAAAAAUAGGAAAGACAAGAAUAGCUCUGUCAUAUCUUCAGUAAGCUUUAGCCAUUGAAUUGAAGUAAGUUAAUUGUAAUAAUAUAUAAGAAAUGAAAAAUCCACAUAGAUUCCUGAACUCUAUCUGAAUCUCUGUGCUGUUCUUUCAUCAUUAGAAAGACAUGAAGAGGCUACAUAACAUAUUUAUUUAUCAAUUAUUAUGUUACAACAUGAAUUAUUACUAUAAUUCUUGAAAUAAAACUAAUAAAUAGAUAUUGAAUUAAUUAAAAAACAAAAUUCAAUUGAAUAAGCAACUCAAUAAGUUAAUAGUUAAUAAAAAAGUAGACAAUUUGAUUAAAAUAAUCUGAAUAAGAAUUAAUAAGAAAGAAUAUAAAUUUUGAUUGUGGCUUAUCAUAAUUUGGGUGUUGAAAUGGAACAUUUAAAAUAAAGAAUUGAAUCCAAAAAUAUUAUAAAAUCUGCUUAUCAAUUAUCAUAAUUCAGUCUUCCACUUAAUCAUCCAUUAAGAUAGACUUUAGGAUCCAUUAUUAAAAAAAAUGAGAGAGCUGAUUCAAAAGAUAAUUUUCAACCUGUUACUUUAAAACCAAUUUUACCAAAAUUGAAUCUAAGAUUUUAAGAUCUCAAAUAGAUUUAAAAAAAUGGUUCUCCUCAUUAAAUUUAAACUAAUAAACAUUAUUCCUUACCUAAAGAUAAAAGUUAUAAAGGAUCAAAAGAAGAUAAAAGAAAUGGUUCAAGUUUAACAACCAGAAUAGAAGGGACUAAAUUUAUAAGGAUAAAUGAUUAAAAUCAUGAAGUUAUAUUUAGUUUAGAAAAUAAUGAUGUUAUAAAUCUUAGAGAUUUGUAAAUAACUUUGGAUACAGUAAAUUAAACUACAAUUAUGUGA